UGACAUUGACAUCUGUGGCUUAUUGGAUAUCUAUGGCGUAAAUUGUCGUGUGUACGAAGAAAUUCUAGAAAAACCAUGGCUGCACGCGGAGAAAGGGGUGUUUUGCGAGUUUUAGAUAAAUUAGAAGCAUCAGUAAAUGCUGGUCAAUAUUAUGAGGCCCAUCAGAUGUAUAGAACUCUAUAUUUCAGGUAUCUUAGCCAAAAAAAGUAUGCAGAUUUAUUAAAUUUAUUAAGUAAAGGUUCUACAUUACUGUUGGAACAUGACCAACAAGGCAGCGGAGCCGAUCUGGCUAUCUUGCUUAUCGAUGUUCUAACAAAAUCGGAAACAAAACCAUCUGAAGAAUGGAUUGUCAAGAUAGCCAAGUUAUUCGAGAUGAUGGAUACAAGUAUUCCAGAGCGCGAAACUUUUUUAACGAAUUCUGUAAAAUGGUCUAUGGACGAUAAUAAAAAAGGACAUCCAUUAUUACACAAGAAAAUAGCAGAAGUAUAUUGGCGUGAGAAGAAAUACACUUCAGCUCAUAAACAUUUCUUGCAUUCCUGUGAUGGGUCAUCUUAUGCCAGCAUGUUAAUAGAGCUGCAUACUACAAAAGGCCUGAAGUCAGAAAUAGACCUAUUUAUAACACAGGCGGUCUUGCAGUUUCUUUGCUUGCGUAACAUACAAAUGGCAAAUGAAACUUUCAAAGAAUAUACUGGCUCUCACCCAACAAUAAAAAAUGACAAAGGGCCACCAUACCUAUUCCCCUUAUUAAAUUUCCUAUGGUUUUUAUUAAGAGCAAUAGAGCAGCGACACUCAACCCAGUUCAAAAUAUUAAGAAACUGGUAUGCAAUUAGCAUUAAGAGAGAUCCUAAUUACUCGGUUUAUUUGGACAACAUUGGGCGUAUUUGGUUUGGAAUCGAGAUCCCUAAAGAUAACAGAAAUCCAAAUUCCAUGUUGGGUGGUCUCUUGAAGUCAAUAAUAGGUGAUGUUGAUAGUUCUGACGAAGAAGGCGAAUUAUUGAGCCGUAAUACUACAGCUCCUGAUUUAGAUUGAUUUCAUUUAAGUUUCCAUAAGUUAUCAUCAGCUUUAUUCACAAAUACAUUUGUUUAAAUUAUUACACUAUGAUUAAUGAGUCUUAAAAAUGAAUUUAGCAUUAUUUUUGAUGUUGUUUCUGUUAAAAUGAUUUGAUCUUUUUAGGGGAAACUUAAAUAGUCAAUUCUAUGAAUUCAAAGCUGUCAUAAGGGAAUGAAAAUGCUCUAGUUUUAAUCAAAAGAGAAUGUACUUUUCUAUUAAUGAAUUUGUUAAAAAUUUGAAACUAGCCAUUUUUCGUGUGCAAUUCUUAGAAAAGAGUGACAGACCUAAUAAUAUAAAGAAUAGUUUAUAAUUAUUUGAAACUGAUAAAAUGUUUACCUAUGCUACAAUUUUAAUAAUGGUGGAAGGAAUAAAUAUUUAUUUUUGAAUUUAAUCAUGUUAUAAAAAUCCCUUAAUUGGAAGGACUGGCACAGUAUCAACACACAUAAAAAAAGAUAAUCACUUACAUUUAAAUAAAUAUAUUUAUGAAUUUUAAUUUCAUUAUAAAUUUCUGUGUAUUAUUACAAGUAUUUAAGUAUUUAAAAUAUUGCACAUUAAUUAUUAUAAUACCAACUCUUAAGGUUAGGUAAACAAUCUUAAGUAUAUUGAGAUGAUAAUAAUAAUCUUUGAAAAGAUAUGGAAUGCUUGCAAUUCUCAUAAAAAUUACAAUUGAAUAGUUUUUCAGUGUGGUAAUUGAAGGUUAACAUAUUUAGACACAACUUAAAUUAAAAACAUCUUAUUAUACCAUUACUUAAGUAACUAAUUCCAGGGUCAUAACAAAUGUCAUUAAUUAAACCUAACACAGCAAUCCAAUACUAAUAAUUCCAUUGUGUAGUGGGGUUCAUAAAAACUUAAAAUAAUAUAGGUAUAAUAUUUUCAUAUUAUUAUGUAGCCUCCACACUGAAAAUGGUUAUUAAUAUUGAAUGUUUUUAACUUUGUACUUGAACUGUUAUUUAAGUUACUAAGCAAUUAUGUAAACAAUCACCAUAAAAAAUAUAAUCAUUGGACGAAUCCAACUA